CGCCAUUGGUGGCGGAUGGCCUGUCCAUCAUGCGCUGCUACGGAGGACGAGGACUCCCAUUGGGCAGCAGCCGACGUCCGUCGUGGCCUGGGGAGGUGGUGCUCGGCCUCCGAUUGGCUGCCUCCGCCGCCACUCCCCGCGGGGGCGGGGCUCGGUCCCUUUGUCUCUGUUGUUGGGCGUGAGGAGCGGGCAGACGGCACCCGAUUGGCUGGGGCAGGGCGGCGGCGGCGGCGCCGAUUGGCCGGCGGCGGCGAGGCGGCGCCCGAUUGGCCGCGGCCACCGCGGGGGGGGCGGGACCUCGGGCCCGGGAGCGAUGGCGGCGGCGGCGGCUGCGGCCCGGGCGGCGGCGGCGGCCCCGGCGGCCGCCAUGGGGGCGGCGGCGGCGGCGGGGGGACAGCGGCUGCUGCUGCGGGCGGCGGGGGCCGGGGCGGCCGAGCGGGAGGAGCCGGCGCGGGGCCGCGGCGGGCUGUAGGCGGCGCCAUGGAGCGGCCCGGGAGCGGCGGCGCCGAGGGGGCCUGGGCCGCGCUGCUGGGCCGGCAGCACCAGCAGGCCCGGGAGUACUGCCCGGGGGUGAACAACCAGCCCUACGUGUGUGAGACCGGGCACUGCUGCGGAGAGACCGGCUGCUGCACCUACUACUACGAGCUGUGGUGGUUCUGGCUGCUCUGGACCAUCCUCAUCCUCUUCAGUUGCUGCUGUGCCUACCGGCACCGCCGGGCCAAGCUGCGCCUGCAGCAGCAGCAGCGGCAGCGGGAGAUCAACCUCAUCGCCUACCACGGUGCCUGCAACUACCCCACCUCCAUGAUGGAUCUCAGGAUGCUGGCUUCCUUCAAGCUGCCUGCCUACGAGGAGGUGGCCCACCGGCCCAGCACGCCGCCGCCGCCCUACAGCGCCAUCCUGGCCCAGCUGAGCGGGCCGCGCAGCCGCCUGGGCUCCAGCAGCCUCACGCUCUCGCCCAGCUCGGAGAACUACACCAGCUGCUCCUGCGAGUCGAGCUGCGUGACGUCCCCCAGCAGCACCUCGCUGUCGGUGCAGGUGACGGACGAGACGGAGCGCAGCCGGGCCAGCACGCCCAGCGAGGAGGGCGGCACCAGCAGCACCGGCACCGGCGCCAGCUGGGAGCUGCCCGAGGAGCUGCCCGCCCGCACGGCCCCGCACAAGCACGCCCUCUUCUCCUCCAACGUGGACUUCUUCGAGGCCGACUGCCACCGCUGCUCGGACAUCGAGGAAGGCGAGGAGGAGGAGGGUGGCGCGGCCCCGGAGGAGGAGGAGGGCGGCGAGCACUACCGGCACCGGCGCCUGACCGGCGACUCGGGCAUCGAGGUGGGGCGCUGCCAGGAGGAGGAGGGCGGCGAGGAGAGCGAGGGUGAGGCCGUGCGCCUGCUGGGCAAGGCCGGCCCCGCGCCACCCCCGGCCCGGCGCAGCGUCCCGGCCGAGGGGGGCGGCGGGGAGCCGGGCGCUCCCACCCUGCCCGUCUGAGGGGCCCGGCCCGGCCCUGCCGCCUCUCCCGCCGCGCCGCCGCCACCAUCCCCCUGCCCGCGGGGCCGGCCCGGUGCCACCCGCGCCUCUCCCCGCCACCACGGCUCGCGCCGCCGCUCCCCGCCUUGGAGCAGCCGGGCUGGGGGCACCGCGGUGCCGAAACCGCCCCUGCUCAGAGGGCCCCGGGUGCGGCAGGGCCGCCUUCCCCCGCCUCCGCUCCCCGCUGCGGCCCCGCAGGCUCUGCCGCCAUCCCCGGGCUGUGGACUCUCACCGCGGAGCCCCCGGGAUGGCCCCGCCACGGCGCCGCCGUGCCCCCCGCUGUCCCCUCUGAACUGCUUCCAGGGAGCCGGGCCCCGGCCGGGGGGGGCGGCUCUGUCCCCGCCGCAGCCUGCAGGCCUGUGUGCGGGGCCCGAGUAGCGUCCCCUCAUCAUUAAAGAGAUGUGGAAUUAUG